CGUCCCCGUCGGUCAGGUCGAUUUGUCAGUCGCCCAGUCGCUGCAGCGUUUUCUUUGAUUUCUAGCUUUUAUUUGGAAAUGUUAAAGGUUUUAUUGAUUGAGUAGAAGCAUACACGAUGGAGGAAGACGAUCCAGUAGUGCAGGAGAUACCAGUAUAUUUAUCUCAAGCGUUAACGGAACAUCUUUAUAUAUAUCAAUUUCCGGUGAGACCGGGUAAUAGAGAUUUUAAAGAAGAGCAUGUUGUGAACUCUGCUGUCAAGCCAAGAAAUAAGCUGGUCCGGCUUGAAGUGGGUUUGGACACGUCUAGUGAUAACUAUUGCCAUUCUAAAGGCGAGCAGAUAGCGCUGAACACCGAUGGACAACCGGAACCAUAUUACUCGAAAAGUAAAGAAAAGGAGAAGCCUCCAUACUUCAGAGAUGGCAUUAUGGAUAAGAUAGUAUAUGAAAGUAGUAACCCAUGUACCGAGACAGCACAUUAUGCUGUUGCUGUACUGCAGGACAAAGAACUCCACCUCACACCCAUGCAAGCUAUCGUCCAACUUAGACCGUCGUACUCCUACUAUGACAAACAAGAGAAGAGGAAGCAUGAUAAGAGUAAAGCUGAGAACUCUGAUGACGAGGAGAAGGAACCGGAGGCACAGCAAGUCACCGUUAAGUUUGCUCGGCAAGAGACGGAGGUGGCAAAGAAAGCGAGAGAGAAGUCUUUUGAAGCGAUAACAUUAAGGUUGAAUGAAGAGGCGUGGCAUGAUGCACUCUUUAAACACUCGGAUACGGAUCAUGCAGAUUUGGAGCGUCUAAAGCUAUUCAGCGCGACGACAUCAGACGGGUCUGCGUUAACGGUGCGGUCGCGUGAGUACAUUCGAGACCUGGUGCCGGCCCCGCCGACCGACGAGGCUGACGUGGCUCCCACCAAGAUACCCUCGCCUGCUGAUCAGCUGCGUCAGAUACUUAUUAAUGCAAAACUAAUGACCUUCAACGACCUGCGGACCCUGAUCCGGACUGAAGAGGGCCCCAUAUCUGAGACGUCUCUGCUUUCGACGUUGAGCGCGGUGGCGUGUUGCGUGCGAGGGCUGUGGACCGCCCGGUCCAGUGACCUGUACACUCACGCGUCGCCCGUGCCGCCGCGGCUGAUGUGCGCGGCUAGAGACCAUGUCCUCUACCUAUUCACUCAACACCCUUACGUCGACAGGAGAAAAGUAGCCGCAGCAGUACGCUUGCCACCUCUAGAAGUUCUAGAAAUCAUUAGAUCAGUAGCGAAAUUCAACCCUCGAAACGGGUGGGAGCUCAUCGUCCCACCGGACAUCGGCUUCGAAACGAAAUACCCUGAAGUUCUCCAACGACAGAACCUUUACUGGGAAGCCAGGCAACGGUUGUUCAACGAUAUGCUCAUAGGAGAGAAUGUGCCAAAGAGACAACGGAAGAAGUCUCAACGGGACUCAAUUGGCUCGGAUACCUUGAUGAGUCCAAAGCCUCGGUGCAACAGUGUCAGCGAAGAGGAUGUAGACAGGAAGAGAAUUAAGAAUAAAGGACCCCCGGGUAGUGGUAAACGGACAAGAAAUAUCAGUUCUAGUAGUGCCCAAGAUGGAACGUAAUGCAGAUGUGCUAGGUAGGUUAUCAAAUUUUUUUAAAGUUCGUUUUUUAAUUUGAUGGUUGAAUCUGCGAAAAUAGUGCCCAAUGAAAAUUGGGGAAAAUGCGCCUUGAAGCGCCUUAUAAUGUUUACGUAAGCGCUUUUAUAAACAAUCACAUUCACAUGUGAUUUUUGUUUGGUCACGAGGAUUAAUAUGUAUACCCUUUGGUACCAUGUCACAUUAACUUUUUUGACAAAUUGAACAGUAAGUCUCACUAAAUGUCAAAUAUGUUAGUGCGACAGAGUCCUAAAAUGGGUACAUUAUAUUGCUCAUGACUGUUCACGAAACCUCGCAAUAGACACGCUAGUUUCAAUCCAGGUCAAAAUUUAGCUCUCAAAAGGCGCUUACGUCUUUUUUUACUAUAAAACGACUUUAUAUAUACGACUGCAACACUACUGUGACUUUAUAAAUGACUGAAUUGUAGGCGACUGUGCGGUGAUAGAAAAUUGCAAAAAUUGGCAACAUUAAAAAUGACAAAUUCAUCCAUCAAAUUAUAAAACAAUGUUUAGUCGAGUUAUAAAGAGUAUGCUCAAAGCGGUGUUAUUUCUGCUUCCUAUUGAAUCAAAAGCAUAAAAUUUUAAUAAGCUCUGUGUGAUUAUAAAGUUAUGACUAAAAUACCAUUGUGUACUAACAAAUUUAUAGUGACUGCCAACCCUAGUUAUCUAGAAUAUUACUAACAACGACGUUCGUGCUGAUUCUAGUGUACGCCAUCUAAUUUUAUUUUAUGUUAUACCUGUAAGUUUUUAUCCACUCAAAAGGAAAGAGACGGGUAAUGGACAAGCAUAAAAUUUAUAUUCAAAAAAUUCAAAAUUCAAAAAUAUCUUUAUUCAGUUGGUAACAUAGUUACACUUUGAAUCGUCAAUUUUUACAUAACGAACGUCUCAUCCGCCUAAAACUACUGCAGCUUCUCACAACCUGUAUAUCCGGGGAAAAGAAGCUGAUAGAAAAGGACCAUUAGUUUAUACUAUCUGGUUACCAAUCCUUUGCCUGAGGGAUAGGUACACGAAAUCACCUAUGAGGCUGGCAUGAUCACUCAGGGUGUUCAAAGCCUCGUUAAAAAUAAGAGAAAAAAAAGGACCAUGACCAUAACUGUAUGAGACCCGUCCCCCCUUUCAACAGGUAGUUUAUUGUAUUUCAUUAGUAUUUUUAAGAUUAUCAUUUAGUUCUAACUUCAAAUUCCAUGGGGUUUAGAAAUAAAAUUAAAAAAGGGUUUGUCGAAAACCGAAAUGGUUGAAACAAUGGAAAAAACAGGACCGCCUGGUAUAAUAAAGAUUCUUAUUUAUUAUUAUAUUUAUUUUAUUGUUUCAACCAAUUUCGGUUGAAAUGUUGUACCAAAGAAUGUUGUCCCACAACACCUGGUACCGACACAGAAUCUUAGUUAAAAACUCGAAUUCCCGCUAAAUCCCGCGUGUUUCGAGAAAAUCGCCAUAGAACAAAAAUAUCAACCUAAGACGCUUCGAAUGAGAUAUGUCUGGAAUUUGUUG